UGCUUGGAUUCUACUAAUUAAGUGGGUACCCAAAUAGUUAAAUUAUGUGAAAUACACGUAUAUUAAGAUAUUUUUAGAUUAUGACUUAAUAGGUAGCACUUAGUGUUUGCUCUUGAUGACGAGAGAUUCUGAGUUUGAGAUAUUUUAUGCAUAGCAAAUAAUUUUUAUUUUUUUUAUUUUUUUUAUGGCGAAUAGAAACAGAGACAUCUGAAGUUAUCUAUACUACAAGACAGAACUGAAGUAUUAUAUAUAUGGUGUCUAAGAAACCAAUGUUUCUGUAUUAAGCAAGGUCUGCAUUCCACCUUUAGACUAGACCAGGAAUAAAACCCGGGAAGAAGAGACAGAAAUGGGUUCCAUCGUUAGAGAUCAUGAUAAACCUCAUGUUGUCUGUCUUCCAUAUCCAGCUCAAGGUCAUGUGAACCCAAUGGUAAAACUAGCAAAACUUCUCCAUUAUAACGACUUCCAUGUAACGUUUGUCAACACAGAGUAUAACCAUAGACGCUUGCUCAAUUCUAGAGGCCCCAGUUCACUUGAUGGAUUGCCGGACUUUCGCUUUGAGGCAAUAUCUGAUGGGCUUCCACCAUCAGAUGCUAAUGCCACCCAAGACAUUCCUUCUCUCUGUGACUCCACCUCCAAGAACUCUUUAGCUCCGUUUCGCAAUCUGCUUUUGAAACUCAAAUCAUCUGACUCAUUGCCUCCUGUUACUUGUAUCAUCUCUGAUGCUUGCAUGAGCUUCACUCUUGAUGCAGCAGAAGAAUUUGGAAUUCCUGAAAUACUGUUUUGGACGCCGAGCUCUUGUGGUGUUUUGGGCUAUUCACAGUACCAUACUCUUAUAGAAAAGGGCUUAACACCUCUCAAAGAUGCAAGCUAUUUGACAAAUGGGUACUUGGAGACGACCUUAGAUUGGAUUCCAGGGAUGAAAGAUAUUCGCUUUAGGGAUCUACCGAGUUUCAUUAGAACUACAGACAGAAACGACAUCAUGCUCAACUUUGUGGUGAGAGAAUUAGAGCGAACCUCAAGAGCUUCGGCCGUCGUUUUUAAUACAUUCUACGCCUUUGAGAAAGAUGUUUUGGAUGUUCUCUCCACCAUGUUUCCUCCUAUUUAUUCUAUUGGUCCACUUCAGUUGCUUGUUGAUCAGAUUCCAAUAGACAGGAACUUGGGAAAUAUCGGUUCUAAUCUUUGGAAAGAACAGCCAGAGUGUAUCGAUUGGCUUGAUACUAAAGAACCAAACUCUGUUGUGUACGUAAAUUUUGGUAGCAUUACUGUAAUAACUCCACAGCAAAUGAUUGAAUUUGCUUGGGGUCUAGCCAGCAGCAAGAAACCAUUUUUAUGGAUUAUAAGGCCUGAUCUUGUCAUCGGCGAAAAUGCAAUGUUGCCAGCUGAAUUUGUAUCAGAAACCAAGGAUAGAGGCAUGCUAGCAAGCUGGGGUCCUCAAGAACAAAUCCUGAAGCAUCCUGCCGUAGGAGGGUUCUUAAGUCACAUGGGGUGGAAUUCGACAUUAGACAGUAUGAGUGGCGGUGUUCCAAUGGUUUGCUGGCCAUUUUUCGCUGAGCAACAGACUAACUGCAGAUUUGCUUGCACCGAAUGGGGCGUUGGGAUGGAGAUUGAUAACAAUGUAAAGAGAGAUGAAGUGAAGAAACUUGUGGAAGUGUUAAUGGAUGGAAAGAAAGGUAAAGAAAUGAAAAGCAAGGCAAUGGAGUGGAAGACCAAGGCAGAGGAGGCUGCAAAACCUGGUGGAUCUUCUCACAACAAUUUGGAUAGGUUAGUGAAGUUUAUCAAGGGCCAAAAAAAUUAGAAAUUAUAUUUGUGAGAAGACAGUGUCUCAGGCUCUAGACAAAUUGUUGUUGCAAUAAGCAGUAGCACUCAAAAAAAAAAACAUAAGUAAAGAUCAAUCCAUCACGAAUCAAUCAUUCAAUAUCUCACUUCCAAGGAACACUCUAGUAAUCAAGAAUUACUCUAUAUUCUUA